AAGAAGAGGACAAAGGGCGGUGCGCUGCUUGUGUCGUCCGCCAUUUUGUGCGAAGCAAGGUGGCAUCUACGUUCCCCGAGCGACUUCUCCGCUUCUGCCUCAACCGCCCCUUGACUGCAGCUAUGUCUCGGGAUCGGUUCCGGAGUCGCGGCGGUGGCGGUGGCGGCUUUCAUCGGCGUGGAGGCGGCGGCGGCGGCCGCGGCGGCCUCCAUGACUUCCGCUCUCCGCCGCCUGGCAUGGGCCUCAACCAGAACCGCGGCCCCAUGGGCCCGGGCCCUGGCGGCCCGAAGCCACCGAUCCCGCCUCCGCCUCCGCACCAGCAGCAGCACCAGCCGCAGCCGCAGCAGCCCCCGCCGCAGCAGCCCCCGCCUCAGCAGCCGCCGCCGCACCAGCAGCCGCCGCCACACCAGCCGCCCCAUCAGCACCCCCCGCCUCCGCCGCAAGACUCGUCCAAGCCCGUCGUCCCCCAAGGCCCCGGCUCCGCGCCGGGAGUGAGCACUGCGCCGCCUCCCGCCGGCUCGGCCCCGCCGGCCAAUCCCCCGACCACCGGCGCCCCGCCGGGCCCCGGUCCUACUCCGACCCCGCCACCCGCGGUCACCUCCACUACCCCUGGCCCGCCUCCGCCUUCGACACCGAGCAGCGGAGUCUCGACGACGCCGCCCCAGACCGGUGGUCCUCCGCCUCCCCCCGCCGGCGGCGCGGGACCAGGGCCUAAGCCCGGCCCAGGCCCAGGCCCCGGCGGCCCGAAAGGCGGCAAGAUGCCGGGUGGGCCUAAACCCGGAGGUGGCCCGGGAAUGGCGCUCCCGGGGGGUCACCCGAAGCCACCUCACCGGGGGUGGCGGCGAGCCCCGCGGGGGGCCGCCAGCACCACCCGCCCCUACCACCAGCAGCAUCACCAGGGCCCCCCUCCCAGCGGGCCAGCAGCCCGCACGGAAGAAAAGAUAUCCGACUCGGAGGGAUUUAAAGCCAACUUGUCUCUCUUGCGGAGGCCUGGAGAAAAAACUUACACACAGCGCUGUCGGUUGUUUGUGGGGAACCUACCUGCUGAUAUCACAGAGGAUGAAUUCAAAAGACUGUUUGCUAAAUACGGAGAACCCGGAGAAGUUUUUAUCAACAAAGGCAAAGGGUUCGGGUUCAUUAAACUUGAGUCUAGAGCCUUGGCUGAAAUCGCCAAAGCUGAACUUGAUGAUACCCCUAUGAGGGGUAGACAGCUUCGGGUUCGCUUUGCCACACAUGCUGCAGCUCUUUCUGUUCGGAAUCUUUCACCCUAUGUUUCUAACGAACUGUUGGAAGAGGCCUUUAGCCAGUUUGGUCCUAUUGAAAGGGCUGUUGUAAUUGUGGAUGAUCGUGGAAGAUCUACAGGGAAAGGCAUUGUUGAGUUUGCUUCAAAGCCAGCAGCAAGAAAAGCAUUUGAAAGAUGCAGUGAAGGUGUUUUCCUACUGACAACGACGCCUCGCCCAGUCAUUGUGGAACCUCUUGAACAGUUAGAUGAUGAAGAUGGUCUUCCUGAAAAACUGGCCCAGAAGAAUCCAAUGUAUCAAAAGGAGAGAGAAACACCUCCUCGUUUUGCUCAGCAUGGCACAUUUGAGUAUGAAUAUUCUCAACGAUGGAAGUCCUUGGAUGAAAUGGAAAAACAGCAAAGGGAACAAGUUGAAAAAAACAUGAAGGAUGCAAAAGAUAAAUUGGAAAGUGAAAUGGAAGAUGCCUACCAUGAGCAUCAAGCAAAUCUUUUGCGCCAAGAUCUGAUGAGACGCCAGGAAGAAUUGAGGCGCAUGGAAGAACUUCACAGUCAGGAAAUGCAAAAGCGUAAAGAAAUGCAAUUGAGGCAAGAGGAGGAACGGCGUAGACGAGAGGAAGAGAUGAUGAUUCGUCAACGAGAGAUGGAAGAACAAAUGAGACGCCAGAGAGAAGAAAGUUACAGCAGGAUGGGCUACAUGGACCCUAGAGAAAGAGACAUGAGAAUGGGUGGUGGUGGAACAAUGAACAUGGGAGAUCCCUAUGGUUCAGGAGGCCAGAAAUUUCCACCUCUAGGUGGUGGUGGUGGCAUAGGUUAUGAAGCCAAUCCUGGAGUUCCACCAGCAACCAUGAGUGGUUCCAUGAUGGGAAGCGACAUGCGUACUGAGCGCUUUGGGCAGGGAGGUGCGGGUCCUGUGGGUGGACAGGGUCCUAGAGGAAUGGGGCCUGGAACUCCAGCAGGAUAUGGCAGAGGGAGAGAAGAGUAUGAAGGGCCAAACAAAAAACCCCGAUUUUAGAUAGCUAGGCUUUCAUUCCAGUUUGUUUUUGUCUUUUCUUGUUUAGAUACCACUUUUAAAUUCUUGCAUUUUAGUAAGAAAGCUACCUUUUUAUGGAUGUUAGCAGUUUAUUGACCUGAUAUUUGUAAAUGGUCUGUUUGGGCAGGUAAAAUUAUGUAACGCAGUGUUUGAAACAGGAGAAAACAAUUUCUUUUUAUUUACUUUUUUUUUUAACUGUAUAAUGUUUCUCAAGUUAAUGGCAGUGUACCUUGUGCCACUGAAUUUCCAAAGUGUACCAUUUUUUUUACUGUGCUUCGAAUAAAUAGAAAAAUAGUUAUACUGAUCUUCAACUUUGCCAUUCAUGCUUCUCUGCACAUUAGGCUAGGUAUUCCACUUGGAAAGCAUGAGCGUGUCUAGGCCUUUGAGUGGCAUAUGCCAUUUCUGGGAAAUGUAUCUGGAGGCUAAGUAUUCUUUCUACAAAUGGUGGCCCCCCCCUUUUAAAAAGAAAUGCAUAUUGAAAUAGUUAGAUUUGUUUGGCAUUAUAGGAAGCAAGCUGGUGCUAAGCAUUUUUAAAUGGUUAUGUUAGAAAAGUUGAACUGUAAAUCUUAAUUCAGGAACAUGUACUAAGAUUAUGGAAUGGGUAUAAACUACUGGUAGCAAGAGAAAGGGGGCGGGUUAAAUGAUCCCUUAUGGCCCUAUCUAUGAUCCUUUCCUUGAAAGUUUUUGAGAAUGGAAAGAUCAUAUCGUUGCAUUUCCCCUAUUGUUUUGUUUUAAAUGAAUAAAUUCCCAAGCCCUACAAUUGGCUUGUACUGAACUUUUGCAUUUGAAUUAAAGAUUGUUAAACAUGAAGCCUUUUCAUGUAUUACUUCAAGUGAUUUAAAAGAUGGGGAUUUAGUUUGAAAUUUUAACUUGAGAAGAGUUAAGGGUUAGUUAAUUAUAAGGUAUGUUUAGCCUUAUGUACUCCUAAACAUACACCUCCUUGUGCUAUUGAGCAAAAUCUGUAGUCUGAAAAAUGUAUUGGUUCUCUUUAAGAGCUAGUGGUGCCUGUUACCAAGUAGGACUGCCAGUAACCGUUCUCACUAUGGAGUUGACCUGUUUAUAGCAUUCUUCUUAACGUAGCACUAAACCUGGAGAGAGUUGUUCAGGCUCCACAGGAUAAAUACUCUUCCUCCCACCGUAAGCUUGGGGGUGUUUCCAUGAUGUUAGUUGAUUAUCAACUUCCCUGAAUUUCCUUUCACUAGAACAAGAGACUUUCUGACUUGAUAAUAAUAAAGUAGAUUGUUUACUGUUGUCUAUGAGUAUAAUGGGAGCUUGAUUUUCUUCCCAGUGUAAACACGCUAAGAGAAAACUUCUAACAGUACUAAAGUAAUUGAAUGGCUUGGCUCUGUUCUUAGUUCCAUUUCCAUUCAAGUCUAUACAUUAUAGAACUUUCACUAUGGAAUGUCUUCAUCCUUUUCACCUCUAUCCUUGGUGCUAAUUGGCAAAAAAUUCUAAAUCACUUGCUGAGGUUGAGUACUGUGCUUGAGUACAAAAGAACUUUUGUGGAAACAAUUGAGUUCUUCAUGAAUAGGAAAAUACCGUAAUUUUUUUUAAAAGUAAACACUAGUGGAUUAUAAGAAGCAUGUCACCAAAUGGUUUUAUGACUGACAGGUAUAUAUGGUGUAUUAAGGGAGAAAAAUCUACUUUAAAAAUAGAUUAAUUUUUCUUCAUCAGUACACUUGGAAAUAGGUAGUUCCAUCAUAAUUUUAGCAAUCAGAAAGUUUUUGGCCCAAGUGAAGUUAAUAAUUGGUGAUAUAUAAAGGUUUUCUGUACGGAUACAAAGAUCUGGAUUUGAAAGGAGCUCAUUUGGUUGAAUUGUAUAGUAGGGACCUGAGAGGUGUUCAUGGGACACCCAUGGAGGGUGAAUUUGAAUGUAUGUGGGUGGGGGCUGGAGGGGGAAUGGGAAAAUCUGCCUAUAAAAUUAAUGUUUCAGUUUAUUUUUCAGAUUACAUGCCUUUCUUUAUAAGGGAUGCUGGCACAGACCCCUAAAAUAAGCUUUUGGUAGUAGUAUACUACAGAGUGGUGAAGGAUGCUUACAGGAUGAGAUUGUGGCUUUGAUAGCCUUUCUUUAUUGUGGGCUGUAGAGCUGCUAAACCGUGUUUAGCAGAUAAGGUUGCAUAGUGCCAACCGACCGACACUGACUUUGAUCAGUGUACCAAGGGUUGUCAGCUACUGAGACUUGCCAUGAGUCUUACAUGUGAUGGUUUUAGCCUAAGAGUGAAUUGAAAUCAUCUUGAGCAGUUGAACCAAAAGCUAAACAGGAAGCUUAGGGUGGGAGGGGAAGAUACAACAGGACGUAUUUUAGGCAUUCUCCCUUGGAAGAAAUCACCUGCCCCUAUUUCUUCACAUCCUCAAAAUUUUGUUUGCAGGGUAUCCUUGAAAAAAAUACCUCCUUAAAGUUUCAUUCUCUAAGACAGAAAUUUAUUUAAUAGGCAUGCUAUAAGCUGAACCCAUUGACAUACAUUAUGUGGUGAGACCAUAUUCUUUUGUCCUUAGGACAUUAAAUUCCUAAGUACUUUAAAACCCACCACUCUUUAUGUGUGUUGUACCACUAAUAUAAAGAGAUAAUCUGGGAAAAUUGUAAUGUUACACCUGUGCAGUUCUUACAAGUGGCAUAUCAUGGCAGAUAAAAAUUUAGGUACUUGGCUUGGGCAAGCCACAAAGUUGUGGCGAAAUGUUUUGUGGUGUUCUUGGACUGCAAUUGUGCACUAUUAAAGUAGUGGCCUGCUACAUAACUGCAUUUAGCCAGCAUUUCUGCAGUGCGUAACUGUGAGGAACGUAGUACCGCAAAUGGCAAUGGACAUUAGGACCCGGAUGUAGUAUUCCUGCUUGCUCCAAGAUUCUCAUUGCCGACUGCAUCCAGGUAGGUAACAAGCAAUAUAAUCUAACUUGGUGACUUGCUAUGUGCUUUUAUUCCGUGGGCAUUCUGACAUCACACUUCUGACAGUGAAAUAACAGUGCAGCACCUGAUACUUGUAUGAUAAGCUAGGUUAAUUAAAAAUCUGGGGCUGGGGGUAGAGCUGUAAUUUAUUAGGAAUUCAGUGUUGUUGGAGAUCUCAGAAAAAUGCAAACUUGAAUCUUUGGUGUGUCUUGGAAGUUUUGUGGUUUUCUUUAGUUACACUGUAACUGAAGAUAAAAUGGAGCACAUCUGGUGUGGGGGUGGGAGGGAGCCAAACCAUACUUGACCUGGGGUGCUCAUGGCACCUUGAUGAAGACUGUAGUCUGUGUAAUUAGCCUCCUUAGUAGCAAACUUGACCUCCCAUUGGUCAGCAAUGUCUAAUUUCAUUAUGCAAUCUUGAUCAUUGUUUUGCAAGCUGAUUGAAUCAAGACUAAAUGACACAGGGUGGGGGGUGUUUUUUUUUUAUGUAAUGUGAUAAAAUUUUUGUAGGUAUGGGCUUCAUGGGAACACUUGUUGUUACUAACUUGGGCUUAGAUGGGAAUCUUAUGAAUAGUUUAAGUUAUGUGGCUUGUCUGAGUAUGUUUAUACUCUAAACUUGGGGAAAGUAGUGUGAAACACUUGACUUCCUACAGUUGAAACCAUUGGCAAUCAUUCCCUAUCAUAGGACUUCGUCGUCUCUGUAGAAUGAGUGCAUUUGUUCAGAGUAGGUCUUCCUUCCUAGUUUAGGGAUGUGAUUGAUUACAGUCCAAAAUGUUUAAUAAUCACAGGAUUACAUGAGUCUUCAAAGCAUUUUCCUUUGUUGCUUAGGACUUGAGCUUUCUAUCAGCUGUUGUUUAGAUCUCACUUCAGUUUAACCUUGGUGUUUAGGUAGCAUGCAUGAGAAACAGCUUCCACUCAUAAUGCUUUCUGUUCUAUAACUGGAAAGUUUGGUUCAUUUUGCAUACGUGCCGCUGAAAACUUCAGGACUGUGAGAAUUCUCUUUCACUGUAUCAAGAAAAAUGGCUUGCUUUUGGUCAGGCAAGUCAGAUGGUGGGGCAGAUUUGUAUUUACUCCAAACAACCAACUUGUGAUUACUGACAGAUGAAAGCAAUGGUGACUUAGCUCCUUAUACCAUACAAACCAUACAGUGUGACAUGAGUAUCACUAACCUACCUACCUGGAACCCUGAUGGGGACAUUGCAGGGUCAUAGUCUGUUAAAUCGGUAGCACAGGCUUGCUACCGUGGCUCAGUUAGCGAUUUUGAAUGUUAACAAGAGCUCAGGUUUAUUCUUCUGAACAGUAACAACUUUUGUAGAGAAUAUACUUGAUAAAAUAUAUAGACUUAGGGAAUUUGGGGUGGGGUUAUUUUUCUUCCCCUUGGUCUGCUUUAAGAUUAGGCUUUUGUAUUUCAGAAUGAGAAACCACUGACUUUAUGUAGAUUUGUGCUAGUUUAAUUUGUGUGUAGGUGUAAAUUGUGAAUAUUACAGUACAUUGGGAUUUUAAAACACUUAAAAAAAAAACUGGGAAUUAAAUGGGUUCCAGUAUACUGAGGUGCUUGCAUUGUAUUUCAUAAUCUUGUUGCAACCAAAAUAAUUGUUUUUUAAAUGAAAACCUACGUUCAGAGGUGUGGUGCCAGAAUGUAUUAUCGUACUGUUAGGCCCUUGGAGCAGAUCCCGGUGCUUUCUGAAAGAUGAAAGAGAUGUAAUGGGUGCUCUUGAUAUAAGGCUGCUUGCAGCCUCCCAGCAAUGCAUACUCUCACUCUCCCUAAUGAAGAGAUGUGUGUGAUUAGUUUUGGACUUUAACCUUAACGGGGGUGCAUGUCUCCUAUUGUUAAUCAUUGUCAGCUGCAGUGACAUGAUCCACAGUCGUCCUGCAUUACUAUUACUGCUGCCUUUGUGUUAAUGAUUUCGGAUAGGUUUUAGAGCUGGGGUGUUUGUUCUGAGCCUUUUCUUGGUUUUGGCUUUAGCUGAUAAUGUUUAGUGCUGUCUAGCUAGUGCAGUUCUCAAAUGGCUCCCUACCAGGGAGAGAAUCCAGAGGAUUUAACUGCUCCUUAUCUGUCAUUGCUGCUAGAUAAUGAUUGGCAAUGUUUUAGACACAAAUGUGGAAAUCUCAACAGCUGUUGGUAAACAACAAAUCAUAAAAUGUUUUUGAACACCAGUGCUGGAGAAAAAAGAAAAAUGAAGGUGAAAAGGGCCUGGAUAUAGAAUGGGAAUAAUUUUAGAAUGGGGAGAGAAUGCAAAACAAUAUAGUAUCCCUUAUGGGUGGUCCAUGUGCAACAGAGAACUCUUCCAUAUACCUGCGGCAGUAACGAUACAGGGGGGAAGACAAACCUGGAACUUGAAUUGAAGGCUGAGCUUUCUGUUUCUUGUGCACUGUGCCAGGUAUAUAGUGAGGGCCAUUGACUUUUCCUCAGAAAAACUUUCCUUGCUGUUGGAGUAAGGCAUAGCUCCCCUGCCCUAACUGAAAACACAGUGAGGACUUGGAGACCAAAGAUUGAGGCAAACAUAGGCUUGCAGGGUAAAGAACUGCAGUGUUGUGUGCUGUGGGAAAGGGUCAAAGCACUCUUCUUGGAGGUAUUCUACCUAAGAAAGACACAACGAAUUGACUGGGGAAGCGGUAUGCUGUAGAGCUCACAGCUCAGUCAGGUAGACGUUGGCACACACCUUCACAUAAGGGAUAGUAUAUUUUGGGGUACAGUCAAACUUCAUUGUGCUCAGACUGGUGAAACUAGAAAUGAGGCUUUUGCAUUUUAAAGAAGAUAGUUUUCAUCCUAAUUCUGUCAUCUACUUAUUACUUACAGAAAGAAUAAUUUUAGAUUCCCCCCAUAAAGUUUCUUCCUUUUUUUUUUUUUUUUUUUUUUUUAAAAUGCUAUAACUUAUUCCAGUCUUUAAUCUCUGGGAUUUUGCUCUUUUAAAUUUGGAAGUUAACUAGCAUUUUUCAAGCCUUUUAUCUUACACCCUUGUCUUUUAUAUUAACUUUUUCUUAUUAUUCUUUAGGUGAGAAUGAUUGAUGUUGGCUGAUUUUGGCGUCUCUACUUGAAGUGGAAUCAGAUGUUUCUUCUCAAGACAUCACACAACAUGGGCCAGCCAAGAAGAAAAGCCACAUGUGUAGCCUGACAGAUAGUCUAGGAUCAAGUGAGCUGUGUCAGAAAAUGAGUCAAGAUGAAAGAGGAAUGAACUUACUGCCAUUUAAUAAAGAUUUUAAAAUCUUGA